AUGUCGAUACGCGGUAAUGCAGGGUAUGGUUUAGGUGGGCAGAACUCAUUCGGAGCAGGACCAAGUAUGGGUGGUAUGGAUAAACAGAACGAACCUGGCACUCUCGAUGCGAUCAGAGAACAAACAAGCAAGAUUGAGGAUUUCUUGGAUACAUUAAGUGAUCCGGUUAAGCCAUACUUGCCAGCCAUCGGACGAUUCUUGAUUGUCGUUACAUUCCUGGAAGAUGCAUUGAGAAUAAUUACACAGUGGAGCGAUCAACUAUUAUAUCUGCAUGAUUACCGACACAUCCCAAGCGGUCUUACACAUCUCUUCCUGAUCGUUAACGUACUCGCAAUGGUCUCAUGCUCUACACUUGUUAUCACACGAAGAUACUCGGAUUACGCUGUCGGUGGAUUGAUUGGCGUAGUAAUCGUACAAGCUCUUGGAUAUGGUCUCAUCUUCGAUCUCAACUUUUUCCUCCGCAACCUUUCGGUCAUGGGUGGUCUAUUGAUGGUUCUGUCCGAUUCAUGGGUCCGCAAAUCAAAGGCUUUUGCUGGUCUCCCGGAGAUCGAUGAGAAAGACCGCAAAAUGUACUUCCAGCUUGCUGGCCGUGUCUUGUUAAUCUUCCUCUUCGUCGGAUUUGUUUUCAGUGGCACCUGGAGUGUUUGGAGAGUGAUUGUAGCCCUUUUCGGUCUCGUUGCAUGUGUUAUGGUUGUCGUGGGCUUCAAGGCAAAGUUCAGUGCUAUCAUGCUUGUGCUUAUCUUGAGUGUUUUUAACGUAUUGGUAAACAACUUUUGGACUCUUCACGAACACCACCCCCACAAGGACUUCGCAAAGUACGAUUUCUUCCAAAUUCUAUCUAUUGUAGGAGGUCUCCUCCUCCUUGUCAACAGCGGACCAGGGAAAUACUCCAUCGACGAGAAGAAGAAGGUCUACUAA